ACUUUAUGUAUAUUUAUAUAUAAAUACAUACAGCAAAAACUUAGUGAGCAAAGAGCUCAGCUUUUCCACAGCAGGAGCUUUCAGAAAAUUGGCGAAAGAGAAGAGAUGUGAAACUGUUGGUUUGAGGUUUUCUCUCUUUUCAGUUGUUAAGGCAAGAAGCUACGAUAGAGGGGCAGCCCUAAGAGGGUUCUUGGCUUAAGAGUCGACUAAGAAUGGCUUUAGAAUAGUAGCCUCGUUGUUAUCGUAGCCCUGCGCUUUCAGGACAGAUGGAGGAGUCACAAAUACAUAAAUACUGCUUCUGGUUAAGGAAAUGAAAAAUAGGUGGUGAUUAGUAGAGUUUAUUGAUGAAAUAUCACUGUGUGCGUGCCUAGUUCUUAUGGUCUUUCUUUGGCAUCUAUUCUUGGCCAGUGGGCUACAAGAUGUCUCUGCUCUUUCCGGAUAGAAUUUUUCUUGUGCCUUCUGUAAGCUGGCAUAUGGCAGCGCUGCUAGAAGGUCGGACACGUGUUCUACUCCUUUCAUUGGGCUUGGCAAAGACAUUGGUGUGGCUACCAAAGGGAACUACAAUGGGGUCUUGAUCCUAAAUAAAACAAGCCCAACGAAAAAGUGUUAAUGGAGCUCAGUUGUUCCAUCUCAUUCAUGGAGAAGAGUUCAGUGGUGGUGUUUGCUUGUACGAAUCACUGCUUGAAAAACUUCCAGUGUAAAGUUAUCUGAAGACUUCAAAAUGCCUCCACGACCAUCAUCUGGCGAACUAUGGGGCAUCCACUUGAUGCCACCGAGGAUCCUCGUGGAGUGUCUUCUCCCAAACGGAAUGAUAGUGACUCUAGAAUGCCUCCGUGAGGCCACUUUACUAACUAUUAAACAUGAACUCUUUAAAGAAGCAAGGAAAUACCCUCUCUAUCAGCUUCUUCAAGAUGAAUCUUCUUACAUUUUUGUAAGUGUUACACAAGAAGCAGAAAGAGAAGAGUUUUUUGAUGAAACACGGAGACUUUGUGACCUGCGACUUUUUCAGCCGUUUUUAAAAGUCAUUGAACCAGUAGGUAACAGAGAAGAAAAGAUUCUUAAUAGAGAAAUAGGUUUUGCUAUUGGCAUGCCUGUCUGUGAAUUUGACAUGGUUAAGGAUCCAGAAGUACAGGACUUCAGAAGAAAUAUUCUUAAUGUUUGUAAAGAAGCAGUGGAUCUUCGAGAUGCCAAUGCACCACAUAGUAGAGCGUUAUAUGUCUGUCCUCCGAACGUAGAGUCUUCACCUGAGCUACCCAAACACAUAUACAAUAAACUAGAUAAAGGGCAAAUUAUAGUGGUAAUAUGGGUAAUAGUCUCACCAAACAACGAUAAGCAGAAAUACACCUUAAAAAUCAAUCAUGACUGUGUGCCUGAGCAAGUUAUUGCUGAAGCAAUUAGGAAGAAAACACGAAGUAUGUUGCUGUCAUCUGAACAACUGAAACUUUGCGUCUUGGAAUACCAGGGCAAAUAUAUUUUAAAAGUGUGUGGUUGUGAUGAAUAUUUGUUAGAAAAAUAUCCGCUGAGCCAGUAUAAGUAUAUAAGAAGCUGUAUAAUGCUUGGUCGCAUGCCCAAUCUGAUGCUCAUGGCUAAGGAAAGCCUAUAUACCCAGCUACCACUGGACACCUUUACAAUGCCAUCUUAUUCCAGGCGUAUCUCUACAGCUACACCCUACAUGAAUGGAGAAGCUACAGCCAAAUCCCUCUGGACUAUUAAUAGUGCUCUCAGAAUAAGAAUCCUCUGUGCAACCUAUGUAAAUGUGAACAUUAGAGACAUAGACAAGAUCUAUGUUAGAACAGGUAUCUACCAUGGAGGGGAACCUUUGUGUGACAAUGUGAAUACUCAGAGGGUACCUUGUUCUAACCCCAGAUGGAAUGAAUGGCUCUUGUAUGACAUGUACAUUCCUGAUCUUCCACGUGCUGCUCGACUCUGCCUUUCUAUCUGUUCUGUUAAAGGCCGGAAAGGUGCUAAAGAGGAGCAUUGUCCACUGGCUUGGGGAAAUAUAAACAUGUUUGAUUACACAGACACUCUUGUAUCUGGGAAAAUGGCUUUGAAUCUUUGGGCAGUACCUCAUGGGCUAGAGGAUUUGUUGAAUCCUAUUGGUGUUACUGGAUCAAAUCCAAAUAAGGAAACUCCAUGUUUAGAGCUGGAAUUUGAUUGGUUUAGCAAUCCUGUAAAGUUUCCAGAUAUGACGGUGAUCGAAGAACAUGCCAAUUGGACUAUAUCACGUGAACUGGGGUUUAACUACAGCUGUGCAGGGCUGAGUAACAGAAUAGCUAGAGAUAAUGAAUUAAGAGAAAGUGACAAGGAGCAACUGCGAGCCAUAUGUACUCGAGAUCCUUUGUCUGAAAUCACUGAGCAAGAGAAGGACUUCCUAUGGAGCCACAGACACUAUUGUGUGAAUACUCCAGAAAUUCUGCCCAAAUUACUUUUGUCUGUUAAGUGGAAUUCUAGAGAUGAAGUGGCCCAGAUGUACUGUUUGGUAAAAGAUUGGCCUCCGAUCAAGCCAGAACAAGCAAUGGAGCUUUUGGACUGUAAUUAUCCAGAUCCAAUGGUGCGAGCUUUUGCAGUUCGGUGUCUUGAGAAGUACUUGACAGAUGACAAAUUGUCUCAGUACUUAAUCCAGCUAGUACAGGUUCUGAAAUAUGAACAGUAUUUAGAUAAUCAGCUUGUGAGAUUUCUACUCAAGAAGGCACUGACCAAUCAAAGGAUAGGACACUUCUUCUUUUGGCAUUUAAAGUCUGAAAUGCACAAUAAAACUGUAAGUCAGAGGUUUGGUUUACUUCUGGAGUCCUAUUGUCGAGCGUGUGGAAUGUACCUAAAGCAUCUGAGCAGGCAGGUGGAGGCUAUGGAGAAGUUGAUUAACCUCACAGAUAUUCUCAAGCAGGAAAAAAAAGAUGAGACCCAGAAGGUACAGAUGAAGUUUCUUGUUGAACAAAUGAGACGGCCAGAUUUUAUGGAUGCUUUACAAGGUUUUAUCUCUCCUCUUAAUCCUGCACAUCAACUGGGAAAUCUUCGGCUUGAGGAGUGCAGGAUAAUGUCAUCUGCAAAAAGGCCCCUGUGGUUGAACUGGGAAAACCCAGAUAUUAUGUCCGAGUUGUUAUUUCAGAACAACGAGAUAAUCUUUAAGAAUGGAGAUGACUUGCGUCAGGACAUGCUGACACUUCAGAUAAUUAGAAUUAUGGAAAACAUCUGGCAAAAUCAGGGUCUUGAUCUUCGGAUGUUGCCUUAUGGGUGUUUGUCUAUUGGUGACUGUGUGGGACUCAUCGAGGUAGUGAGGAGCUCUCAUACGAUCAUGCAGAUUCAGUGUAAAGGAGGCUUAAAAGGAGCAUUGCAGUUCAACAGCCAUACAUUGCAUCAGUGGCUCAAGGACAAGAACAAAGGAGAAAUGUAUGACGCAGCUAUUGACUUGUUUACACGUUCUUGUGCUGGCUACUGUGUGGCUACCUUUAUACUGGGCAUUGGUGAUCGCCACAAUAGUAACAUCAUGGUAAAAGAUGACGGACAGCUGUUUCAUAUUGACUUUGGGCACUUCCUCGAUCACAAGAAGAAAAAAUUUGGUUAUAAAAGAGAACGUGUGCCAUUUGUCUUAACACAAGACUUUUUAAUAGUGAUUAGUAAAGGAGCCCAAGAGUGUACCAAAACAAGGGAAUUUGAAAGGUUUCAGGAGAUGUGUUAUAAGGCUUAUCUAGCAAUCCGGCAGCAUGCCAAUCUCUUCAUAAAUCUUUUCUCCAUGAUGCUUGGUUCAGGAAUGCCAGAACUGCAGUCCUUUGAUGAUAUUGCAUACAUUCGAAAGACCCUUGCAUUGGACAAAACUGAGCAGGAAGCUCUUGAGUACUUCAUGAAGCAAAUGAAUGAUGCUCACCAUGGUGGCUGGACAACAAAAAUGGACUGGAUCUUCCACACAAUAAAGCAACAUGCUUUGAACUGA